CAUGAAGACCAAGUUCUGCAACGGCGAGACCGACCCUUCCCCGCUCGGGCUGCUGCUCGGCUGCAGCUCCGCCGCCGGGCAGCCCCCCUCGCCGCGAGCGCACGCCGACCCCGAGGGGAAGGAGCCGGUGGCGGCGGGCAGAGGCGCCACGACCCCGCCUGCCGCGCUCCUGCUGCCGCCGCCGGCACCCGAGGAGGAGCCGGCGCUGGAUCCGCGGACGCGGCGCAAGGCGUAUCUGUGGUGUAAGGAGUUCCUGCCCGGGGCCUGGCGGGGGCUGCGGGAGGAGCAGCUCCGCAUCAACCCCAUCAGAGGUGGCCUCAGCAACAUGCUGUUCCAGUGCUCGCUGCCCGACGCCGUGCGGACGGUGGCAGACGAGCCGCGGAAGGUCCUGCUGCGCCUCUACGGAGCCAUCCUGCAGAUGAGGUCCUGUAAUAAAGGAGAGUCUGUACAGUCUCAGGAGGAAAAUGACUUGCAAGGGGCAGAGGCCAUGGUUCUGGAGAGUGUUAUGUUUGCCAUCCUGGCAGAGAGAGCCCUCGGCCCCAAGCUGUAUGGAAUCUUUCCCCAGGGCCGGCUGGAGGAGUUCAUCCCUAGCAGGAAGCUGAGCACUGAAGAGCUGAGCUUGCCUGACAUAUCUGCUGAAAUAGCUGAGAAGAUGGCCAGGUUCCACGGCAUGAAAAUGCCUUUUAAUAAAGAACCCAAGUGGCUUUUUGGAACAAUGGAGAAGUACCUGAAUCAAGUGCUGAGGAUCAAGUUUACCAGAGAGUCCCAAACUAGGAAGCUGAACAAACUCCUUGCUUACAAUCUGCCCCAGGAGAUGAAGAGUCUCAGAGCCAUGCUCGAAGCUACUCCAUCCCCAGUUGUGUUUUGCCACAAUGACUGCCAAGAAGGCAAUGUCUUGCUUCUGGAAGGCAGAGAGGACUCAGAGAACCAGAAGCUGAUGCUCAUUGACUUUGAAUACAGCAGCUAUAACUACAGAGGGUUUGACAUUGGAAAUCACUUCUGUGAGUGGAUGUAUGACUACACGUAUGAGAAGUACCCCUUCUUCAAAGCCACUGCCCUCAAAUACCCUUCCAAGAAGCAGCAGCUUCAUUUCAUCUCCAGUUACCUGUCUGCAUUCCACCAUGGCUUUGAGGACCUGAGCAAUGAAGAGAAGUCCAAGCUGGAAGAGGAGGUGUUAAUAGAAGUCAACAGGUUUGCCCUUGCAUCACACUUCUUCUGGGGCCUCUGGUCUAUUAUUCAAGCCAAGAUCUCCUCCAUUGAGUUUGGCUACCUGGAGUAUGCACAGUCCAGGUUUGAUGCCUACUUCGAUCAGAAGAGGAAGCUGAAGGUCUGACUGUGGAGGAGCAGCCUGUUGGCUACUGUGCAAAGAGGGCAGCUGGCCAGAACUGUGCUUAGGCUACUGUACCUCCAGCCCCCUGGGAUGCAGCUGGAGUGUGCUGGGGACUGGUCAGAAAGGACUCCUGUACAGUUUCCUAAACACUUGGAGUGAGCCUGGGAGGCAAAAGUUCAACUCCAGCAGUGCAAUAUCUUUAACUCUUUUGUUUUUGUGCUCUAGAAGGUGUUCUGCAUCCUGGGGCAGCUGCCAGCCAAGUGGCAGCACCACCUGCACCAGAGCAAGCAGUGUUACUGGGAGUCCAUCUGCUGGGGGUGGUGUUGGGAAAGAGGAUCUGCUGUGGACACCUUCUCUCUUAAAAGCAAAGGAGACAACUGCUAAAGCUGUGAAGUAGGCUUCAAACCUUACUGUGAGAUUAGGCUCAAGAUGCCCCUUGAACACUAUCUUCAAAGCUGCUGCUAAGUUAGACCACUUGGCCCAGAGAGCAACUGACCCCCUGGAAGCAGGGUGCUGCAAGGGUCACCCCCACACACAUGAAUGUUUCCCUCAAGCUGGUGUGCCUGGCAAGUGUGAAGCCACCUGGAACUGGACCUUCUGAAGGAGUUUCUCAUCCCCUGUCCUUCAAGAACAUGCUUCUGUUGUUUGGUUUGUCUCUUGCACUGCUCUCUCCUGCACAGGGGCUCCUGUGGGCUGGCAGCACUGGAAAGAGUGCCUUGAAUUGCUCCCCAGAUGCCUGGCUUGGCAGUGGCAGCCACCUGUGCUUGCAGCACAGCUCUCCUGUCCUGGUGCCACAGGGGCUGGCUGGAAGGAGCCAAAGGCUGUGGAGAACAGGUCAGCAAAGGGCUGGCCUGCCCCCCACCCCAGGCUCCCAGGGCUUGGGAGGUGCUUUCCUUGCCCCUUCCUCACAUUCCAGCAAGCCAGAGGAGUGGAGCAUCUUGUGAGGAACAAGCCUGUGUACAGAGAAACCUGAGUCUAAUCCCUGCCCCCUCUGCAGAGCUGGGGAGCUUGUUUCUUCUGAAUGUUCUUUGUGCUUUCUAACACUGUAUGAUGAAGAAUAAACAUCUAAGCCUACCCUCUCCCCCUUGUAGAGCAGGUCCUGU